CCUCGGCGACGACGGCAGCGGCGGUUCCUCAGGCCUAUUCUGCAUGUGACGAGACAAGGGAUUGGGGAUUUGAGUGAAGAUGGACGCUACUGAAAUUCUACAAGGGGCCAAUUUUCCCUUGUGAAAAUGGUUGACGACUUUUCAAGGCCAGCGGACGAGACCCAAAUCUAGGGGAGCUCCCUUUUCCUCUCCAUGGAGCCUUGCUGCUGCGGCAGCGAUGGCGAUGUCUCCACCAAGCGUGCCAAGCUCCCCACUGGUGCCUCCGUCGGCGUCGGUAGUGAGGACCGCCUUAGUGCGCUCCCCGACGACAUCCUGGUACUCAUCCUCCACCACCUUAGCACUUGCAGCGCCGCCCGGACCAGCGUUCUCUCUCGUCGCUGGCGCCGUGUCUGGGCGCUCCUCCCAACACUCUGCUUCCCCUACACCCUAGAUCCCCGCCAGAUCGGCUCUGCCCUCGAGGCUCACGAGGCAGCCAUCCUGUACCUCUCCGUCUUGACCCAGGAUGCGGCCCCUGACUCCGUGUCAGCCUGGCUCCCCGUCGCUGCUCACCGCCUCUCUGGCAACCUCUUCUUUCACAACACUGUUGUGUGGGGGAGGAGCGCCCAGGAAGGUGACGAUGAGGAGGGGCCUGGGCAGAGGGGCGCCUUUGAGCUCCCCUGCCUGGAGCGCGCCACCAAUGUCUCGCUUUGCCUAGGAUUCCUCGGCCUCACAGUGCCCCCUGCCGGCGUCUUCGCUCGGCUCACCGAGCUGUGCCUGGAUCGCGUUCAGCUCUACGGCCCGGGGGAUCUCGGUGACAUGGUUUCCUGGCCGCGAUGCCCGUGCCUGCAGACACCCGGGGGCUGGACAACCUUGCCAUCCAUUCCGAUUCUCUCCAGCAAGUGGAACUCAUUGAUCUGCAAGGCUUGCAGCAGCUCAACAUUGUGGCGCCAGCUCUCGAGGAGUUGAAAUUUACACACUGUUUCUUCUACAAUCGGAGCCAACCAGUUGCCAGCAUCACAGCACCUCAGCUGGCAACCCUUGCAUGGAUGGAUCCAUAUGACCCAAGCUCCGUCUAUCUUGGCAAGAUGAAACGUCUUCGAUUACUGUGGCCUUCCUUCUUUUUUGUUUAUGGGCCUGACAGCUUUCCGUACAACCAAUCUUGUUUAAGUCUCUUGUGGCGUUUCAAGGUCAUCGAAUGUCUUAUGCUCGCACUGGCCUAUCCGUUGGACAUAGAUGAUUAUCACUAUAUGAUGGAAGAUAUGACAAUGCUACCGGACAUCACUAUUUUGCAGCUGAUUGUAUUGGCAAACGGACAUGCUUUUGGGGACAGCGCAUUUCAUGUUCUCAGGAUGUGUUCUAGUAUCAAAAAGCUGAUGCUGUCAUUUGUUCCUCCUACUGUGGUGGAGGCACAAACUAUAUGCCCACCAGGUUGCAUUUGCGGUGAGCACCAAAACUGGGAAACUGAGCACUUGUUGUUGAAUCGCCUCAAAGAAGUAGAAGUCACUCGGAUGAGAGGAUCUGAACAUGAAGUUACUUUUGUGAAGCAGCUGUUCAAUUGGGCGGCAUCCUUAGAAAAGAUGAGGGUAGUUUUCGAUGAGUCGGUUACUGAAAGCGUGGGCAAGGAGUUGUCCCAGGUGCUACGAAGCUUUGCUAGGCCGGAAAUACGCAUGGAAAUCCACAUGUAUAUGUAGGACUUGCUGAAGAUGAUGUGUGUACUCGAAGACUAAGGCAGGGGGGUUGUCGAUUUGUCUCUGCAGUUUUCCUCUUUGUUAUGUACGAACUUCUCAUUUGCUGGCAUGCUGAGGAGUGACAGUCUUGUUUAGAUCAUCA